UUUGGUAUCUCGCACACGGUUUCUCUCUCCAGUCCCUUUAAAUUUCUCUCCUCCCAUCCUUUUCUUCCCUCGCCCUUUAAUUCUUCUGCACCCUGUCUUGCAUUGCAGACGCCAUUGAAUUUGACUGACUGAACACUAAGAAACCUCAAAUGGCUUCCAUCUACUGCUGCAAGGAAUGCGGAAGCAACCUCAAUCUCAGCAGCACCUACCUCUUCCCGCCGGACUUCUAUUUCGAAGCCGGCAACAAGGGCACUCUCUCCUUCUCCCUCGUCGACGCCUCCAAGUUCAGGUUCCAGAAAGAGGACAAGAUCCGCCCCUUCUUCGAGACCCUCAGUUACUGGGGAAUCCAACGAAAGAGGACUCAGAUCAAGUGCAAUAGCUGUGCGCGUCUCCUUGGGUAUGUCUACGAUGACGGCCCUCCGCUCACCGAUAGUCCUGGCCAACUCCACUUCGGCCCCAGUCAGGUAAUUCCUAGGGCUCCCAGGUACAGGCUCAAGACCAAAGCACUUCGGAUUACUUCUGAAACUUGAAUAAUGAUUUUUUUUUUUUUAAUACGUUCGGUCCUUGUCUUUGAGGUUGUGGGGUUUCUUUGGGAGGGUUUUUUUUUUUUUUAAUUUUUUUUUUCCCCGUUUGAUUUGUCAUUUUGUUUUACUUUUUAUUUUUAUUUUUAUUUUUUGUAUAGUUUAUUUUGUUUAGUGAUGGCGACUCUGUUGUACAUAUGUUGAUUGAAAUAAAAUGGGUGUUGUACAUGUCGAUUGAAAUGAA